CCCAUCCUGUUGUUCGCAGACGUACUGCGGCUCAGUCUCUAUGUUUGCCUUUCUCUUCUCCUGCUGAGAAAGAACUCUUUUAGUUUUGAAGUCUCACUGCGAGUUCAGGGGAGGCAGAGGUGGGUCUGCGUUUAGGCUCUGGAAGACAUAAAGCAGAGGGAAGACGGAGCGAGACCAAUUCUGGACGGACCCUUGCUUGGAUUCUUCAAGCACCACAUCAGAGAGAUGAGGGUUAUUCAAAGACCCAUGAAGAGGAAAUGGUAACAUAGAGAAGAGGAUCGGUGCCUUCUGAGGAGUGAACUAGCUCUCAGAGUAAUGAGCAAUGUGUGAACUUGUUAACUAGGCCUAUUAUUUUUGACCUUAAUUUAAACUGAGGAUUAGCCAUCUCAUCAGAGCUCUUGGUGUAAAGCCAGGGCUUGUUUUGCCUUGAGCUCGAAAGGAGGAUUGGGAAGGAAACUAGCUGCUCAUUCGCUCAGAGAAAGCUUUUGCAUAUUUCCUUUGGCAAGGAAAUUGAAGCGAUUAAAAAGCAAAUUUAUUUGGACGAACUUCAAGAAAAGAAAAACAACCUGCAUUUACAUUGGUUGCUGGAAUGGAUUUGGAUCAGUUCUAUAGCUCAACCCAGGAGCAUGCAGUUUAUCUACCUGGAUUCAGCUCAUCAAAGGAUCCAAGAAUUUACUGAUAAUCUCUGUCUUCUCGGGCAAUGGAGCUUCGUAAGAGAGUGAAGCGGAGGGAGCUCAAACAUAAUUCGGGCCUUUCACAAGAUGCACCAGCUGAAGGGAGAUGCAGCAGUGACAUGCUGUGGGGGAUAGAAAGGUCUAAGGCCGCACAAGAGUUCUGUACAAGAGAAGUUUCUCUGCCUGGGGGAUCCGGUACUUGUUCCGGUUCAGGCAUUUCACCCCUGUGGCCUUGGCGACAGUGCGUUUCCAUGGCAGCAGGGCUGGUAUUGGCUGGGCUGCUGGCGUUGACUCAGGCCUGGUGUGUCAACGGCAUACACGAGAAUCUGCUGUGGUUCUCUCAGCUCACGGAAGUGGAGCGGGAGAUCUCUUUUCGGACAGAGUGUGGACUCUAUUACUCCUACUACAAGCAAAUGUUGCAGGCCCCAUCCAUACAGGAAGGGCUCUCAGAUUUGAUCCAUGACAACUUGACAGAAUCCAAGAGGACCAUUAAUCUCCUACAGCGAAUGAAUAUCUACCAAGAGGUCUUUCUCAGUGUUCUCUACAGAUUGUUGCCCAUACAGUUGUAUCUGGAGCCAGUGUAUUUCUACAUUUACACAGUGUUCUCGCUCCAAGCGGUGUAUGUGAUCGCUCUGUACCUCACAGCAUGGCUCCUGUCUGGUUCCUGGCUGGCUGGUACACUCACUGGGAUCUGGUACAUCCUCAACAGGGUAGAUACCACUCGUGUGGAGUUCAGCAUUUCCCUCAGAGAGAACUGGUCUUUGCCCUUCCUAGCGCUGCAGGUGACCGCUAUCACCUGUUACCUCAGACCUCAGCUCACCGCCUUACAGCAGAAGGUGAUGGUGUGGUUGAUGUAUGUGACCACAUUCUGUUUCUGCCUGACGUGGCAGUUUAACCAGUUCAUCCUACUUGUUCAGGCUCUCAUCAUAUACACCCUGGACUGUCUUGACAUCUUAACAACAACACAGGUGACCACUCUCUACCUUGUUCAAGUGAGUGGUCUGCUGAGUGUGUGGCUCCUCCAGUUCUGUAACUCCAUGAUACUGGGCUCACUGGUUCUGAGCUUCAUCGUAGCCGCACUCUUCAUCAGACACUGCCAGACUGGUCUGAAGACAGGAAGCCUGCUGGUUCGUCUGGGCAAACUGGUACUCCACAGCGCCAUGGUUCUGCUCCUCACCUUCACCAUCAACUACCUGGCCAAGAAAGCACUUCAGCUCAGAUCAGAUGAACACAUCUUUAAAUUCAUCAAGUCAAAGUUUGCCUUGGGGCCGACGAGGGAUUUUGAUGCCAAUCUGUAUCUGUGCGAGGAGGCCUUCGGUCUGCUUCCCAUCGACACACUGGAGCGCCUGGCUGGUACUCUGCUACUAUACCCCUGCAUCCUCACACUGCUACUGCUCAGCGGCAUGUUGGCAGUGGCCGCACUGCAGAAUCUGAGCAGACCUAAAGGAGGUUCAGCUGAGGAGAGGAAAGGAGUAGGAGAGGGCCGUGUAGUCGCUUUUCGUCCGGAUGUGGCAUAUAACCUGUUGCAUACACUGUUCUUCGGCCUCCUGGCUUUCAGCACUAUGAGGAUGAAGUAUAUAUGGACUGGCCAUAUGUGUGCGGUCGCGGCCUAUGGUGUGUGUGGGACAGAGCUGUGGAUUUUGUUUCUCAGCACUCUCCGCUGCAACAGUAAAGUUCUGUUAAGGCUUGUCAGAUAUGCAGUUCCACUGGCAAUGAUCGGUUGCCUGUAUUACAAGUUCUGGCCUAAGCUAAUGGAGGAAUUAUCAGAACUGAGGGAGUUUUAUGAUCCAGACACUGUGGAGCUCAUGACCUGGAUUAGCACAAAGACCCCUGAGCGGGCUGUAUUUGCAGGCAGCAUGCAGCUGCUGGCUGGUAUCAAGCUGUGCACAGGCAGAGUUCUCACCAACCACCCCCAUUACGAAGAUAAAGACCUGCGGGAGAGAACCAGACAGGUGUAUCAGGUGUAUGCUCGCCAGUCCCCGGAGGAAGUCUAUGGCAUCCUGAGGGCCAUUGGAGCCGACUAUGUGGUGCUAGAAAACAGCAUCUGCUACGAGCGGAGGCACAGGCGAGGCUGCAGACUGCGGGACCUGCUCGACCUCGCCAACGGACAUAUCAUGGACGGACCGGGAGAGAAUGACCCAGACCUCGUUCCUGCCUCCCACCCUCGAUUUUGCGAGGCCAUCAAGACGGACACGGGGGGUUACACCGCUCUGUUUACCAGAACAUUCCAGAACAAAACCUUUCACGUGUACCGGGUCAAGAAGAAACGCAAGAAAAGCGCCAAGAGCUCGUCAGAGCCCAGCGCGACUCGAUAGAAGGGCUGCAAGAAAAAACCCGUCAGAGGCCAGAGGGGAGAGAGACGGAGGAGAAGAAGAGAUAAAGGCUCUGAAUCCUCGCUGUUCCUCUGUCUCCUCCCUGCACUGCGCCCAGCUGUGAUCAUGCCCAUUAUUUUUUUAACACGUGGCUCUGUGAACUGUGGCGUUAGAGCAGUGGGCCGGUUCAAGCUUGGGGCUGCAUUGCUUUAGUUAGUGGAGUGUGGAAUCACCUAUAGGAGUCCUGCUUUGGGCUGUUCUCUCGCCACCCGCUCACCCUGCCCUUCUCCCAGCUCUCACUGGUGCAGAUGAACAGAAACAACAGUUAGAUCUCUGAGCAGUGUCUGGAACACCAAGAGCAACCGGUAAUACUUCAGUUUUAUUUCUAUUAGUUAGUCAUUUCUGCACCAUUGUUCAUGAAAUGAACAAAAUAAUAUUCAAAGAGUGUGAAAUAUUGUUUUCGCUUUCAUACUGAGUAGGUUGGUUCAGUAGCACUCAGGUCAAUAGCAUUUAUCAAAUCGAGAUCAAACACCAAAUCUACUCAUCAAAUCUUUUAAAAGUCUUUAUUAAAGCAGGGGUAGGCAAUUUAUUUUCAGAAGCAGUUUUUAUUAUAUUAUAUAUAUGCCAACAGCAAUCAAUAAAUUAUAUACUCUGUAAAGAAAUCUCAUAUCUGUGGCUGUUGCAGGGCUGUAAUAAGCACGGCCAACCAACCUGUGCGUAAAUGUGUUUAGGGGAGUGGCUUUGGUGGGAGGCCUGAUGGGAGGGGGUGGGAUUUUUCAGUUGGACAUUUUCAGAAUCUACCUGUCUCUUGCUAGUUCUCCAAGCUGCCUACCCCAGCUUUAAAUCUAUUAUUCAAGUUUAGCUUUUAACGCAAAAGUCAUAAAUAACUCAAAGAUUGACACUGAAAAAUUCAAUACAUUGUAAUAAAAAAGCUUUUCUAGAGGAGCUCAGUAAGAAGCUCUAUCAUAUUUACUAUUGAGCUCCUCGUGCCAGGGGAGAUUUGUUGAGCUAAACAGAUCUAGGGAUUUUAACUGACAUCUUGUAGGAGCGUGAUACAUUUUUGGGAGGUGUGAAUGAAUCUAUGGAAGAGCUCUAGUGAAUUAAGACAUUUUCUAUUUUUGUCUUUUUCUUUUUUAGAAAAAAAAAGAUAAAGAAAAACUCUUUCUUACUUUGACAAAACAGUUCCAACUCAAGGUGCAUUUAACCAGCCUUUUCCGUAGCUUUCAGCUGCAUUAGAGGACGGCUCAUUUGUCAGUUGGAGAGGUCAAAGGUCGUUGCUAUUGGUCCAAGGUGCAAAUCUGUGGCUCAAAGUUUGCCAGAGUCGAAGUUGAAAAAUUCACGCGGAUUAACUUCACCCCUGCGAGCUAAUCCAGAGAUCAUGGUGAUUCCACUGAAAUAAACUGAAUGCACCCUGACAUCUCUGGUGAGCGGGCCUUCAUCAUCUCACCCGCAGCAUUUUUAGGACUUCUAGUUUGUGUUCAUUUAAAAAAAGCGAGCUCACUCUUGACCUUGGACAUAGUAGUGUGACUACACAAUCCCAAAUCGAGUUCCACCUUCUAGCUUUUUGCGGAGCUUUCAGCUAUAUCACACAGUCUUCUAAAAGCGCUGUGGAGGAAACGGCUCCAUCUCCAUCAGGACUGUGCAAACUACGUCCACCGAGUUGGGAUUGUGUUGUUAAACUGCUAUUUCCACAGUCACCAAUAAACUUGGGAUUUGGCCUUUUUUCAGAAAGCACAUUUCUUGUCUAAAACUUGACUGUGUGGUAGUGUCUUGUGUGUUCUUGAGUAUAUAUUUAGUCACAGUAGAAGGAAGGUUGCACAGCUGUGGGAUUUGUGGGGGAAAGCCACACUGAAUAACUUUGACCGUUAGCUUGACUCCGAUCCGAUGGCACUUUUUUAAUUUUUUUUUUAUCCAGUCACAUUUGGCUCCGCAGUGACAGAUGUUAUCAAUUACCCCUGAAAAGAAAAAAUAAUAGAAUAAUUUUGUUAGUGUCGAUUCCCGCCUGGUGGGAACAUGUUCCAUCGGUGCUUAAAUGUGUUUUUGCUGUAAAACUGAGGUCAAAGCUGGUACCAAGUGAUAUUUGUGGCGGUGUUGUUGUGUUUGCUGUCGGCUCUGUGAUUCUCAUCAUCAGCAGACUCAACCUUUUCACUCUCUCUUCUCGCUUUCUCUCUCUCUCUCACACACACACACACACACACAGCCGCGAACAGACAUGAAUAAUGUAAGUGGCGAGGAAAUUGCAGCAGGCUGACAACGACGCUGAUUCCCCGCCGCAAUCCAAAAUAGUUUGUUAGAGAGGAGAGAGAGAGGGGGGCAACGCUUGCAUAUCAAACUGAGGCUUUGUGGUUAGAAAAGAAAGUGGGGAGGACAGAAAAGGCUCUUAUUUAAACCGCAGCGGAGGAGAAAUGAGAGCGCAUCAAAACAUGGAUCUGAACCCCUUCCUCGUUUGCUUUUUUUUUUUUUUUUCUCUCGAACCAAAAAGGAAAGCAGAGGAAAAGAGGUGAUUGAAAGGUUGGAGGCUAGCUGUGUCGGUAAUUAUGGGUUGGCCAGUCAAGAGUUGCCUGUUGCCAAUGAGCUGUCAUGUAGGUACGACACACACACACACACACACACACACACACUCACACACGUUUCCCUCCCUCCCCUGGUCUCAGUCUGCCUAUAUCUUGUACACUUGUUAAUAAGGGCCGCUGUCUUUGAUAAUCCACACACUCGCGGAUGCAUGAACACUCCUGCUCACAGUUGUUGUGGGGCUUUUGAAAACGUGUUGUUCGUUAAGCGCACAGCCUCAUUGUAAUGCAUACCAAUCGCAUCAGUGUGAAACAGCACCACUUGUCCCUCCCCACCUCUUCCCGCCUUCAUAUUGGAUGUUUAAUUUAGGAGAUGUCUGAUUGCUUUAUUUGAGAGCGAAGUGAUUCCAUUAUCUUUGCCUAAUAAGAGUGUACUAAUGUAAUAUAUAUUUUUUUCAGCAUUCUUCAUUUCCAUACAUAUUGGGAUUAGUAGUUCAUUCAGAGUUGCGAUGUCUGAUGUCUUUGGUUUUCUUAAUGAAAAGGAGAUGAGGAAAGCCAUUAAGGUGUACAGGAAGCAGCUCAACACUCCAUUUAGGCUAAUUUUUUUUAAGAACUAGUUGCUGAAACAAACAUGGCCACUAUUUCACAAAUUCACGUUUGUGCUUGUUAAAUGAAUAGUUUGAGUAGAGAGAGAGGAAAUAAAUAGAGUAAUUCCUUUGCCAUAAACCAGACUAAAGGCCACAUUCACACCUGUAUCUGUAUUUUUCAGAAUAAAACAAUUCUUUAGAAAUCUGUGAUAAUAAUACAGAUUUCUUUGAUCUUGCCACUGUAUGGCCAAAUGUAUUUGGGCAGACUCUUAUUACACCCAUAUGGAUUAAAGGAUCCCCUUAGUCAAGCUUUUGACACAGUUAAAUGUUCCUUAUCCGCACAUUGACUUUGCUUAUUUGCUAUAUGUGAUUUAUUGAUAAUGGGUGUAAAUGUGCUGCUGAACAGCGUCCACUAUUGUGUACUAUUCGACCCCAUUUAACCCCAGGGGCAUUAGUGAGGUCGGACACUGAUGAGGCCUGGUUCUCAGAUGCCCUUCAGAUUCAUCCCAUCAUGUGAAAAAGGGUGUAGUCCGGAAGUAUGCAUAUGUGCAGACACACGAGAUGGGACACAAUCAGAUGCAACCUUAAACUUGUCCGUGUAGUCUUGGUUAGUGUUUGGGGGCGUGGGUAAAAAUAAACCUAGAUUUUAGAGCUCAUUUCACUGUAAGAUCAUUUGUAUUCAUGAUGAACUGCAGUUAUGAUGCACCUGCCAGUCUCAGACAAACCACCUGACAAGCAUCUCUCUGGAAGCAUCCAAACAGAUGAUCCCACUGAGCCAGUGCCAUGUAAAUACAUUAAAAGUGUUUCUGAAUGUGAAAUUUCCACGCGGCGUACAAAGGUCUAAAUAAUGUGUGUGAUGAGGGAGCACACAUUGGUACUUCAGAAAUGAUCGACAGGCCUUUUCCUAUAAAGGAUGUUCCCGGCACAUGCUCGGCCAGCCUGUGCACCACUCUUGAUUGGUCCCUGAGGUUAAUGCAGGGAGCUGAUCCUGCUCCUUUUAAGGCUACAUAUUUGCUGAAGAGCAGCUUGUGACCGUGAACAUCAUCACUUCAGCACAAGUUCCGUUAAUGUACAAUUUGACCAUCAAGAACACCUGUCAGUGGUUGAAACCAUGUACUUCUGCAUUUAUUUGAAAAGGGGAUACUGUGUUAUGCGAGUGCCUUUGGUGAUUUUCUCCAUUUUGCUCUGCUAUUUCUUUUUUCCAAGAACACCUUGUACAACAGAGAUUUCUACUGCAGGACAUUUUUCAUAUCAGAAAUCUUUACUUUGCAAUUCAAACUGUUCUCUUAGUACAUUAUUGGUGUAUGUGAGAUACCUGAUUCGAGUUGAAAUAUGUUCCAAUGCCAGUGUUAGCUAUUAGACACAUCCUUGUUCAGUGGCAGUAUGAUCAAUAAAAGUCAUUUCUUUUCCCAACAA